UAAAGGGGGAUGCAUGCAAAGAGCAAUUUUUGAUGAAUGUUUUCAUUUAUUUUUUUUUCUGAGGUUAUCAUAAAAAGUGAAGUAUGAAUCAAUUUCUAAAGGUUACUAUCAAGACUAUUUCAUUGCUUUUAGGAACAACAUUCUCUUUUGGAUAUGAUGAUCUGUCCUAUUUGAAAAAUACAUCCCUAACCCCGACUUGGUCGUGUCUCUCGAUUCAACAGUGUAAAUUUUUCGCAGCUACUAACGCAUUAGAUAGCAAUAAGAGUACUUGCGCAAGGGCUGGAAUGAUAGGCCAUUUUACCCCAGAUAAGGAAGUGACGUGGUACGUGGAUCUUGGUGUAAUCUACAGUGUUUACAGCAUAUCCAUCCAGUUUAAAGACUAUGGUCCUGCUUACGGUAUUUUUUACGCUCCAAAGUAUAGUUUAACCUACUUAAAACGGAAGUUCUAGCAAAUAAAUAAAUGUAACAAGUGACAAAUUCUUUUACUAUUAAGCAAUAUUUU